CGUCGGACCCCAGAAGCUGCCACUUCUCCACCGCAGGCAGACGUCUUCUCCUCUCUCUUGGGAAAUAUGGAGCCCCUCACGAUCCUCGCAUUCGCCACCCUGGUCCUGGGUGUGAAUGUUGGCGAGGGACAAGCCCAGGAGGCUCUGGAAGUGGAGAAGCUCUACGGGAAAUGGUACGAGGUGGCCAUUGGGUCAACCUGCCGCUGGAUCCAGGCCCACCGCAGCCGCCUCAGCGCCGGGACUCUGGUCCUGGGCCCAGGGAAGGCACCUGGGGACCUCGCCGCCACCAGCACCCGGCUCAGGCAAGGGGCAUGCCGGGCCUACACUGAGGACUACCAGAAGAGUGUCGAGUUGGGAAGAUUCACGUUUCACAAUGCAAGGUGGAAGGCGCAUGGUGAGACCUUUGUGGCGCGAGCCGACCCCAAUGAGUUUGCUGUCUGGGUGACGAAGAAGAACAGCACCCAUGGGCUCAGCACCACUGCCAAGCUCUACGGAAGGACCGCAGCGCUGAGCGAGGACCUGGUGGAGGACUUCCGGAGACAGGCCUUGGGCCUGGGGAUCCCUGAGGAUGCCAUCUUUGUCCUGAGCAACCAAGGGGAGUGCAUUCCACCCAAGGCCGAAGAAACACCCCAGGAGAGGGUGCGGAGGACCCCCUUGUUUGAGGAAGAAGGCUCUGCCGACGGAUCUGUACCCGCGUUCCCAAACGUCAAGGAAGCUGACUGCCAGCUCCUCAAGGACGAAGGCCCCUGCCUGGGCCGAGAAGUGCGCUAUUUCUACAACGCCAGCGCCCAGUCGUGCCAGAGUUUCCUCUACGGCGGGUGCCUGGGCAAUGCCAACCGCUUCCCGACGGAGAGGGCCUGCCUGCAGACCUGCCGGACGGAAGCUGCCUGCCGCCUUCCCAUCAUCCCUGGCCCGCCCUGCCCAUCCGAGUUCUGGGCCUUUGAUGCCGCCCGGGGCGCCUGCAUCACCUUCCGGGGCUGUGGCGCCAACGCCAACAAGUUCUACCUGGAGAAGGAGUGCAAGGAGUACUGCGGGGUGCUCCCUGAAGGGGACGAUGACUUCCUCCGUCUGACGGUGCCCUGAAGCCAGCCCACGCUUCUCAAAUCCACAGCCCCAACUUGCCAACAAACGCGGCAAUAAAUGCGGCAUUUUCUGCACCGAG